AUGGGAGGAGGUGAGCAUGGACAUGGAGGAGAAGGUGGAGAUUUUAGGGCUAAAGUAUGGAGUAUGUCUGGUGGACCUUACUGUAGACCUAAACAUUGGCGUAGGAACACAGCCAUUGCUAUGUUUGGUAUUUUCCUUGUUUGUAUCCCAAUCGCCAUGAAAUCUGCUGAGCUCGAGCAAAGGCCACACAUGCCAGUACGCCCGAUUCCUUCACAGAUCUGGUGCAAGAACUUUGGAACCAAGGACGAUUACGAAAAAGAACAUUAA